AUGACUGUAUUUGACCUGUACCUGACUGGGAACAGCGUGACUCCCUUGCUGGUGGCAGCGACUGCCAACCAACCACACGUUGCUUGUGGCCUCAUCAGGCUGGGUGCUCACGUGAAUGCAGCCGACAACAAAGGCCAGACCGCCCUAUAUUUGGCAGCUACCUAUGGCUAUCAGGAGGUCAUUCUGAUGUAUGAUACUUCGAACUGUGAACUUGGCAAGAAGCAAAGAAUCCAGAUCUCAACAGAGUCAACAACAGCACUGGAUGUGAAAGGGUUUGACUUUGAGGCUCUAUGUCCCCCUGCUGCCAUUCUAAAUCCCAUGCAGGCCCAUGGAAACACUGCUCUGCAUAUGACUGCUGGCCUGAAUGUUGACGAUGGGCACCAGGAGGCCAUUAUCAGGCUGUUGUUAGCAAAUGGAGCGGAUCUAAGCCUCCUUAACUACUAUGACAAAGAUCAGCCCAUUCAUCUGCUCCCUCCUGGCCCUCAGAUUUGCAGCCUGCAGAUUGCUUUGAACCUCUCCACUUCACAAAACAGUCCUCCUUUCUCAGCCAACAGCAAGCUAUCCACGCCCUCUCACACUACUCAAAAGGUGAAGGCCAAGUCUCCACUCCAACUGUAG